AGUCCUUGACUCCAGGACUGCAGGUGGCGCUGUUGUUCCGGAGUUCGUCCUAAAAUAAACCACAGGAAGAAAAAAAAACAGGAAAACAACAGGAGCUCGCGUUGACGCUUCAAUCAGGGGAUUUGGACAGUCAGCUGGUUUAGUUUCUGCUUUCAAAGAUGGUAAAUGUGUUAAAAGGAGUUCUUGUGGAAUGCGACCCUGCGAUGAAGCAGUUCCUCCUGUACCUGGAUGAAACCUCAGCUCUGGGGAAGAAGUUCAUCAUCCAGGACCUGGACGAUACACAUGUCUUUAUCCUGGCUGAAGUUGUGCACAUACUGCAGGAGAAAGUCGGGGAGCUCAUGGACCAGAACUCUUUCCCCAUCACUCAGAAAUAAACCUUACACACACACCACAUAUCUCUUUCCCUUCUUUAUGCUUUUGUGGUUCUGGUGCUGAACUCGUGUCUGGAAGGCCUACUGGAUUCCUGAUUCUUACAGAAGAAACAUGCAAAGAUCCUAAACUCCAGGUUUAUAAAUCUCUAUAUAAUAUA